AUGUAUUUUGAGACCUGGGUACUGGAUGAAAAGGCCGAUGCGGCCGUCGUGACUGAAAGGGAACUCGACGCUCGGCCACGAAUUCUUUGCCUGCAUGGUGGCGGCGUCUCGGCAGCCAUCUUCCGCGCCCAAGCCCGUGCUUUGAUCCGGCACCUGCCCGACUUCCGGCUUGUCUUUGCCGAUGCCCCGUACCUGAGCGAGCCCGGUCCGGGAAUCGUCCCGGUCUACGAGACUUGGGGGCCGUUCCGUCGUUGGUUGCGCUGGAAGAACCAUCACCCAGAGCUCGACGACCACACGGCAGCCGACACUAUCAUCUCCGGCCUGGAACAGUGCAAAGAAGACGACGAAGGCGUCGGGCCAUGGGUGGCACUUCUCGGCUUCAGCCAAGGCGCUAAGAUCGCCGCCAGUCUUCUCUAUGAGCAACAGAUCCGCAAAGAACGGGAAGGUUAUGCCGACACCGACUACCGGUUUGGCGUUCUGCUCGCCGGUCGCGGUCCCUUACUCAGUUUCUCCCACCACAGCGUCAGCCCGGCACUCAUGACGCCCGCCCAGCUUAGCAUGCAAGAAUUCGACUACCCGUUUCCAUCACCACACGUCCUGAGGAUACCGACCAUCCAUGUUCAUGGGUUACAAGAUAUCGGACUUCCAUAUCACCGGAAGUUGGCGUGGCAGUACUGUGACCCGAAGACGUCCACAACGAUAGAAUGGAAUGGGAAUCACAGGGUCCCCAUAAAACGGGACGAUGUGACGAGGGUGGCUUUAGAGAUUUACCGGACAGCGAGGAAACAAGGCGUUAUCGUGUAA